UCUGCGAUGGAAGCCUCUUCAGCCAAGAAAGGCAAGGCCGCAGCUUCGGGUCAUAGUAGCAGCAGCAACUACAACAACAACGGCGCCGGCGCAAGUAGCAGCAAGUCAGCCUCUGCAGCACCGCCGUGGGCCAACCUGCCCAAGGCACAGGACAUUGUCCGCUGCCCGCAGAUCAACUGGGCCCAAUAUGCCAUCGAGGGCGAGGCGCUCAACAAGCUGCACAACGAGCAGCUUUCGCGCCCUACGCUUGGGACGCCUGCCUUGAUGGCUGCCAACGGGACGUUUGAGUUUACAGGGGCGGCAAACCCAGAUGACGGGAAGAGGGUCGAGGGGAUCUCUGCGCCCUUUAACCCGCUGCGGGAUAGGAAGCCCUCAAAGGGCAAGGGCCCCCGGCGAGGCGCAUAAACAGCUCGCUGGUAGUCACAGGGGGGAGAAAGAAGGUCAGUUGAAGAGAGAAUGAAGAUAUGGAAAUAUCGAGGGGUCACCACACGGGAUAUACGGUUGAGCCCGGAUGGUGAUUCGAAGACUCUCGAGUCGGUGACAUGUUUUUGUGACUUGUGCUUUUCAACAGCGAGAGGCGAGCAGAUUGAUUUGGCAAGGCGUUGGGGCUCCAUGCUUCAUUUCAAAUUCAGGUCCAGCAACAGAUCAAGAAAUACCAC